AUGACCAAUUUGGCCCUUACGCCGGAGUGGGGCAGAACUCCAAGCAUUACCAUCAUCAUCUCAUCACAACAGAAAGCCGCCCUGGCCAUAGGGGAAUCCUCCCCACCUCAAUUCCGGCCUAAUAGUUGUGGUGGUUGGUAUCUUCCAGUGUGGGUACACGUCUACAUGGGGGCCGGCAUAGGAGGAGAUGGCGGUGCGAAAAUCGUGGCGCCGAGGCUGUAG